AUGAUGCUAGGUAGACUAGCAGCAAGAAAGGCUGCCAGGGGAGCCUUCCUUUGUCAAAGAGUGCAUCCCACCAUCAGCGCUCUCCCCGCAAGAUUUCAAUCAACUGCUGCGGUCGAAGCCGAAGAGACAAUCCGGGCUCCACCACCUUCCUUUGAGCCAAAAGCUGGGCGCAAGUAUGAAUUCUUUCAGGAUAUCGAAAUGACACCCGAAGGUGUCGCCGUCAUUCGAUUUGACGGCCCAAAGUCUGUCAAUUCGAUUAGCUUUGACAUGUCACGAGAAGCCCGCGUCAUGUGGGAAAAUGAAAUCGCCAAUAAUGCUGAAGUCAAGGCUGUCGUCUUUUCGUCUGGCAAACCCGGUAUGUUCAUUGCCGGUGCCGAUAUCUUUGAUUUGAAGGCAGUCGAAAACAAGCAAGACUUGGUCGGGCUCAUUGAAGAAGGAAUGGAUUUCUUUCAAUUGAUGAAGGAUAAGAAGAUUCCUCUUGUCUGUGCCAUUGAUGGUCCAGCACUGGGUGGAGGUUUGGAGUGGACAAUGUGGUGUGACUACCGUGUCGCUUCCGAUUCUCCCAAGACCAAAUUGGGUCUACCCGAAGUCAAGCUUGGUCUUCUUCCUGGCUUUGGUGGAACUCAAAACCUACACGAACUUGUCGGCCUGCAAAAUGCCAUGGACAUGAUGCUGACUGGAAAGGACGUUCGACCCGACAAGGCCAAAAAGAUGGGUUUGGUGGAUUUGGUCGUUGCCUCGCAAUCCGUCGAAUCGGUGGCCAUCCAAUCGGCCAUCGAUCUUGCCACUGGAAAACUAAAGCCCAAGAGAAAAAAGAAGAGUCUCAUGAACCGACUUUUGGAAGAUAAUCCAAUUGGACAGAAACUCAUUUGGAAUCAAAUUGACAAGAUGGUCGCGAAGAACACCAACGGAAACUACCCAGCUCCCUAUUCCAUCAUUCAGUGUGUCCAACACGGACUUGCCAACCCAGCCACUAAGUACAAGAAUGAGCGGGAACAAUUUGCCAAGCUGGCAGCCACUCCAGAGUCAGAAGCCCUAAUUGGCAUCUUUGAUGGAAUGACCCAAAUGAAGAAACACAACUUUGGCAAAGACGCCGCACGACCAGUGAAUACAGUUGCCGUCAUGGGAGCUGGACUCAUGGGAGCAGGUAUCGCUCAAGUGACCGCCGAAAAGGGAGUGACAGUUUUGCUCAAGGACCGAAACGACGAAGCUGUUGGAAGAGGUCAAUCCUACAUGAAGGGCAACUGGGACAAGAAACUCAAGAGAAGACGCAUGACCAAGUUCAAGCACAACAUUGCGUCAUCCAAUGUGAUUGGAUUGACCGAUGAUAAUCCUGCCACACCAGCACAUUUUGCUCGCGCUGGUAUGGUGAUCGAAGCUGUGUUUGAAGAUCUCGAUUUGAAGCGAAAGAUUGUGGCUGACGUUGAAAGUCAGACUCCUGACCAUUGUAUUUUUGCCACCAACACUUCUGCCAUUCCUAUUGCCGACAUUGCUCAAGGUGCCAAGCGACCAGAGAACAUCAUUGGUAUGCACUACUUUUCUCCAGUUCCAUCCAUGCCAUUGUUGGAAAUUAUUCCACAUGAAGGAACUAGUGAUGCUACCAAGGCAACCGCAUUUGAAGUUGGAUCCAAGCAAGGCAAGACUUGCAUCAUGGUGAAGGACGUUCCAGGAUUUUACGUCAACCGUUGUCUUGGGCCAUUUUUGGUCGAGGUAUCCGCAGUGGUCCGGGAUGGUGUCAAGUUGGAAGCCCUAGACAAGGCUUUGAAGAACUUUGGAAUGCCAGUGGGACCAGUCACACUUGCUGAUGAAGUUGGAAUUGACGUUACUUCUCAUGUAGCUGGAUUCUUGUCGAAUGCGGACCUUGGUGAUCGCAUGGGAGGAGGUGACAUCAGCCUCAUGAAAGAUAUGAUUGGAAAGGGAUGGCUCGGAAAGAAGAGUGGCCAAGGUUUCUACACAUAUAAGGGAAAGAAAAAGACUAUCAGCCCCGAGGUUGAAGCAUACGUCAAGGGAUUUGUUCAACAAGAUCUUGGUUUGAGCGAAAAGGAGGUCCAAGACAGAAUAGUGUCGCGCUUUGUCAACGAAGCUGCCAAGUGCUUGGAAGAUGACAUUAUUGAAAACCCAGUGGUCGGAGACAUUGGCCUUGUGUUUGGAACUGGAUUUGCACCAUUCCGAGGUGGUCCAUUCCGUUACCUCGACCAAGUUGGAGUCGGCAACUAUGUUGACAUGAUGCAUGGUUUUGCCGACAAGUACGGACCACAGUUUGAGCCCUGCCAAUUGUUGAAGGACUACGCCGCAGCAGAAAAGAAGUUUCACAGUAGUUAA